CGGGAGCGCCGGGGCCACGAUGGAGCGCGACGGCUACGCGGGGGGCGGGAGCCGCGGCGAGGGAGGCCACGGCCGCCGGGAGGGCCCGGCGGGGAACGGCCGCGACGCGAGCCGCGGCCCGGGAGCCGAGGCACCCGGGGACCCGCAGACGGCCGCGUCUUUGCUGGCCCCCAUGGACCUGGGGGAGGAGCCGCUGGAAAAAGCAGCGCGCGCCCGUCCCGCCAAGGACCCCAACACCUACAAAGUGCUCUCGCUGGUAUUGUCAGUCUGUGUAUUAACAACAAUCCUUGGUUGUAUAUUUGGGUUGAAACCAAGCUGUGCCAAAGAAGUUAAGAGUUGCAAAGGUCGCUGUUUUGAAAGAACAUUUGGGAACUGUCGCUGUGAUGUUGCUUGCGUCGAACUUGGAAACUGCUGUCUAGAUUACCAGGAGACAUGUAUAGAACCAGAGCGCAUAUGGACUUGCAGCAAAUUCAGGUGUGGUGAGAAAAGGUUGCCCAGAAGCCUCUGCUCCUGUUCGGACGACUGCAGGGACCGUGGUGACUGCUGCAUCAACUACAGACCUGUGUGUCAAGGUGAGAAAGGUUGGGUAGAAGAAUCCUGUGAGAGCAUUAAUGAGCCACAGUGCCCAGCAGGGUUUGAAACACCUCCUACCCUCUUAUUUUCUUUGGAUGGUUUCAGGGCAGAAUAUUUACACACUUGGGGUGGACUUCUUCCUGUUAUUAGCAAACUAAAAAACUGUGGCGCGUACGCUAAAAACAUGAGACCAGUCUACCCAUCAAAAACCUUCCCCAAUCACUACAGCAUUGUCACAGGUCUUUAUCCAGAAUCCCAUGGCAUAGUUGACAAUAAAAUGUACGAUCCAAAAAUGAAUGCUUCCUUUGCACUUAAAAGUACAGAGAAAUUUAAUCCUGAGUGGUACAAAGGAGAACCAAUUUGGCUCACAGCUAGAUAUCAAGGCUUGAAGACUGGCACAUAUUUUUGGCCAGGCUCAGAUGUGGAGAUAAAAGGAAUUCUCCCAGACUUCUAUAAAACAUAUAAUGGUUCAAUACCAUUUGAAGAAAGAAUUUUAGCUGUUCUUAAAUGGCUGCAGCUUCCCAAGGAUGAAAGACCACACUUUUACACUCUGUAUUUAGAAGAACCAGAUUCUUCAGGUCAUGCCUAUGGACCAGUCAGCAGCGAAGUCAUCAGAGCAUUGCAGAGGGUUGACAACAUGGUUGGCAUGCUGAUGGAUGGUUUAAAAGAGCUGAAUUUGCAUCAAUGUCUGAACCUCAUCCUCAUUUCAGAUCAUGGCAUGGAACAAGGCAGCUGUAAGAAAUACAUAUACCUGAAUAAAUACCUGGGGGAUGUUAAAAACAUAAAAGUUAUAUAUGGACCUGCAGCUCGACUGAGACCCACUGAUGUCCCAGAUAAAUACUACUCAUUUAAUUAUGAAGGCAUUGCCAGAAAUCUUUCUUGCCGGGAGCCAAACCAGCACUUCAAACCUUACCUAAAACAGUUCUUACCCAAACGAUUGCACUUCGCUAAAAGUGAUAGGAUUGAGCCCUUGACAUUCUAUUUGGACCCUCAAUGGCAACUUGCACUGAAUCCUUCAGAAAGGAAACAUUGUGGAGGUGGAUUUCAUGGCUCUGACAACAUAUUUUCAAGUAUGCAAGCCCUCUUUAUUGGCUAUGGACCUGGAUUCAAGCACGGCAUUAAAGUUGAUUCCUUUGAAAAUAUCGAAGUCUAUAACUUAAUGUGUGAUUUAUUGAAUUUGACACCUGCUCCUAAUAAUGGAACUCAUGGAAGUCUUAACCACCUUCUAAAGAAUCCCAUUUACACUCCAAAGCACCCCAAAGAAGCCGGGCCCCUGGUCCAGUGCCCCUUCACAAGGACUCCCAGAGAGAACCUCGGCUGCUCCUGUGAUCCCUCGAUUUUUCAAGUCAUGGAUUUUAAGACACAAUUGAAUCUGACUGUGACAGAAGAGAAGGCUAUUAAGCGCAGCACUUUACCCUAUGGAAGGCCCAGAGUUCUCCAGAAGAACAGCACUGUCUGCCUCCUCUACCAGCACCAGUUUGUGAGUGGUUACCGCCCCGACAUCCACAUGCCCCUCUGGACCUCCUACACUGUGGACAGAAAUGAUAAUUUCUUCAGAGAAGACUUUUUCAACUGUCUUUAUGAGGAUCCACGAAUUUCCCUUAGUCCUGUCCAUAAGUGUUCGUUUUAUAAAAAUAAUGCGAAAAUAAGUUAUGGGUUCCUCUCCCCACCACAACUAACUAAAGGCUCAAGUAAAAUGUAUUCUGAAGCAUUACUUACAACUAAUAUAGUGCCAAUGUACCUGAGUUUUCAAGCGAUAUGGAGCUACUUUCAUGCCACCCUACUGCCGAGGUAUGCCAAGGAAAGAAACGGCAUCAAUGUUGUCAGCGGUCCCGUGUUUGACUCUGACUAUGAUGGACAUUAUGAUGCCUCGGAGACUCUGAAGCAAAACAGCAGGCUCAUCCGCAAUCAAGAACUUCUGAUCCCGACCCACUUCUUCAUUGUGCUAACCAGCUGUAAAAACACAUCCCAGACCCCAGCGCAGUGUGACAGUUUAGAUGCCUUAGCCUUCAUUCUGCCUCACAGGACUGACUACAGCGAGAGCUGUGUGCACAUGAAGCCGGAGUCAUCGUGGGUUGAAGAGCUGGUGAUGUUCCACACAGCUCGGAUCACAGAUGUGGAGCACAUCACCGGACUCAGCUUCUAUCAAGAAAGAAAAGAGCCAAUUUCAGACAUUUUAAAGUUGAAAACACAUUUGCCAACGUUUAACCAAGAAGACUGAUUUUUUUUAAAAUUCCAAAAACUCACCAUAAAUCUUGCUAAAAGAACCUUGUAUUUCAUACAGUCCUCCUCUGCGUUCUUACACUGUUUGGAACCACCGACCGGAGCUAGAAUUGGGAUACGACCGUCUCCUGGGAGCGGCGGCCUCAGCUCAGCGGUUGGGAAGUGCUCCCACCGAGUCUCGCACACGUUUGGACGUGUAAGGGCUGUUCACAUUUGGGAAUAAAGAUAGACCGAGCCUGAGAGUGCUCUUCUACUUCUCUUAAAGGCAGAAGUAGCCUGUGAACAUUGGACUCCAGAUAUUUGAACCUUAUUACCAUUAAUAAACUUCUGUGGGGCUGGCAAUGCCAGACUGACGAAUGGGAUUGGAAUAAUCCAGGUUACGUUAAUAUCUUCACAAGAGUUUCAAGGUGAUCUUUGAUUCUUUUAAAAGCGAUUUUGAAAUUUCAUUUAUUGUAGUUUUAAUUUUUAAGAAAUUAAUGGAAAAAUAUUUCUGAGGUUCUCAAAAACCAAAAUAUGUUAUCUUGUGGGUUUAAAAAAAUUAUGAUUAGGUUUCUUCAGAUUUAAUGGCUUUAACAAGUUAAAAUUUGAGGGGAGGUCUGUGUAUUGAAUAUAUUGUUCUGUUAUAAAGUUUUACUCCACAUUUGUACCAAAAAAGAAAAAUACCCCCAUUCUGUUCACUGAUAAUUAACAAAGGUUGAAAACA